GUUGCUGUACUUGUAGCUGCUUGCAGUCCGCUUCAAUAACAACACCCGCCGCUGUAGCAGCGUGGUUUACCUCUAAGGUCAGCCAGUUUCCUCGUGUUUCUUUCUGGACUGUCUCGAAAUUUCUUCUGACAACGUAACGGAUAAGAAACACCAUGGAGGAAGAGGAGCACUUUGUGAACAUAGACUUAAACGAUGACAAUAUCUGCAGCAUCUGUAAACUAGAGACGGACACAGGAACACUUUCCUUCUGCCAUGUGUGCUUUGAAUUGAGCAUAGAGGGUGUAUCCAGCGCCACCCUGCUCCACUCCAAAUCCCUACGUGGGCAUAGAGACUGCUUCGAAAAGUACCAUCUCAUUGCCAACCAGAAGCUCUCCCGCGCCAAGGCCUCCCACAGCGCGUACGAGGGCGUGAAGCGGGCUCUGAGCCAGCGAAUCAACCGCAUUAUUCAGUACGCCCAGAACAGAGACUCCGUAACCGCUGAGACACCUGGCCGCUGGGGGGCCAAACAGAUUCUGUGUCACACUCAGCAGGGCGGCAGGAAGCUCGUGCCCCAGUCUGACGCCCAGGUUCCACGUUACGCCCCGCGAUGGGCGGAGGAGGCGUCAAUGGCGGAGUCAGAGUACGGGAAAACCAUGCUGGACUGCCACUCUGCCGAGGAGCUCGGUCUCGGCCUGCUGCAGGGCUCACAUCAGGGACUGUGGGCCGGAGAGAGACACCACCCGCGAGAACAGCAGAACCGAGAGCAGAGAGACACAACCAGACAGAGGAGACACACGGGACAUAGUCGAGAAGAGCUGGUGAGGAUGAGUGUGGAGGAGCUUCGCCAGCUGAACGAGCAGCUGCUGCUACAGAUACAAAAUGUGUUUGAGGAGCUAUCAGUAGCUGUGCAGGAGAAGGACUCCCUCUCAUCAGAGCUUCACGUACGGCACAUAGCCAUCGAGCAGCUCUUCAAAAACUGCGCCAAGCUGCCGUGGCUCCAAAUCGGGCGAGCCGGGGUCAAAGCUAGCAACAACCCAGUGGAGUGAGCGCUUAUUGAGUCCCUCAAAGACCCUCAAGGAACAGACUCUCAAGGAAGCUCAAAACUCAGACUCGCUCACCUCGCUCUAAAACGGUGGCAUAUGAAUUUUCAGCAAAAGUACUGGACUUUGAAAGCGGAAGUGUCCAAAAGUGUUUCUAUGCAGAAUGAGGUGUUUUUAAAACCUUACAAAAACUCAUUUUUUGUCUUUUGUGGUUCACAUGUUCAUUUUUAUUCUUCAUAUCACUGUUUACGCUCUACACUUGAUCAUGUUGGGUGGUUAAUAGACUCGGAUGAGUCUGACAGUGUUCCUCCUGCACAUUCAGGCUUGCUGAUUGGUUGUGGUGUUGCUGUGGUAACUGUUGCUUAGUUAACAGUUUUUCCCUCCCUCUGCUUAUUGCAGUGGAACUUGUUAAUGACUGUAGUUGUUCCAUUACUCUAAGGCAUAUUUCUCCUGUUGUGCUGAGCACAAACGCUUUAGCGGAAGUUUACAUUUCUUUUGUUAUUGCACUCUUAAAACUGUGUUCUGACAUUUCAUAGGUGCUUUUUUUCCCCAUCACAACAUUUCACGGAAUCAAGAAUGGACCUGAAAGUUUUUCAGCUUGUAUAAUAACACAAAUGCUAAGCACAGGCCUAACUUUGAUUUAGGCUGAACUCGGUGCUGGGAUUAUUAUUAGAGAGAUAGGAAUGCUCAACCAAAGCCUUUGUUACCUUACGGUAACUAUUUCAGUAUUUAUUUUGACAAUUAUUUGCUUGUUAAAACCAAAUUUGCUUUUUAAUAUGUGGUUUUCUUUUUUGUGGUGUUUAGAGGUUGUGUUAUUAUUGUAUUAAGGGUUCAUGCAUAAACUAAAAAGAAUAGUCAGGGCAAAGUGAGCCUUUACCCAGCUGCCUUGAUUUUAGAUCAGACUGUGUUGCCAUCUGGUGGACGUUCAGAGAAUCCCGUCCACCUGCUGCCCUGAUGUCUGCAUGGUUAUGUGUCUAUUAUUGUUAUUAUUAUUAUUAUGGUUCUACAAAGACUAUUAUCUCUAGAAUCUUUAAAAAAUUGUUUUAAGAAAUCAGCUAGGUAUUUUGAAUUCUGUUCUCUUUAUAAGAGAUACAUAUUCAGCUGACCCCUCUGGGGUUUCUAAAAAAAUAUUUUAUUUUGUAUGAGUGUAUUCUGAUAAUGCUCUGAGAGGUCAAGUGAGUAAUUAUGGUUAAAUUGUGGAAAAGAAGCAAUAUGUGUCUGAAGUGUUGUUUGCUUUCUUGUAAAAUGUUUAAUAUGCUUUAAUCUUUCUUUUAUGGUUCACUCUGUGAUUUGACAUACAGGAGGCUGGAGUUAUUGACUGAAAUAAUGAAGCACACUGCCCAAAUGUGGAAAAUACUGAAUGAACUACAUGAGCUGGAUGAGUUUCAUGUUUGUCUCGAGUGUGUUGCAUAUGUAGGCCAUGUGUUGAUUAAGUUGGUGUCAUUGAUGUCUUAUUCAUUUUUUUUUUUC